AUGAAAUCAGAGCGGAUAAGCGGUACAAUCGAAUCUUCGUCAUCGGAAGUUAAUGAAUCAUCCAACAGUCCGAAAUCCUGCAAUGACAGCGGUUCGCAAAAAGCUAUGAGUUUCGUCGCAUCGACGUAUGGCGGCGGUGACGACCCAAUUUCUGUAGAGACGUCAAAAGUAGUAGACCAGUGUGCCGGGGAAUCGCCCAGGGCCCGACUGAACUCGCAGCGGUUUAUCGACGACGGCGAUGACGUCAUAAUCGACGAGCAGACGGAAAUAGAAAACAAAAUGUCGGAGCGGUUCAGCGACGAGGAUCGGCCGCGGUCGACCGAUCGUCCGACGGUCGAGAACGAUUCGGGGUUCGAUCGGUACGACGCCAAGGACUCGGGGCAAAGUUUCUGCGCCGACGGUGACAGAGACUGCGACGAUAGUUCGUUGACGAGUUCUUGGCUACUGGGCACUGACGAGAUCAUCACCGGUAGACGAAUUCGUCCAUCGCCGAACAAACGGGUAGCGGCGGUUACGACAGCCGUUAAAGGCCGAAAAAAGAGAAACCCGGCGCUUGGUCGCAAGAAAGCGCUAGCUCGGUUGCGGGGGUCGCACUCCGCUGAGAAUGGAAACAAGGCGGAAGGGCUGUCGUCGUCGUUUCUACCACUGCCGCCGAAUCCGAUACCUAUCGUCGAUUCCGGUAAAUAUUUCGAAAAUGCCUCGGUGGCCCCCAGCCGGCAACAGAGGGAAAAACAGAUCAAAGACGCGUACGCGGCGCCGGAAGAAAACAACCGGACGUCGGCGGCUGCGAUGGCCAGGCGGACCACCGACCGCUGUCACGAGGCGUCGUCUUUAAUUAAUCGCAGAAUGGGUAACAGAGAAAUCACGCGCACAAACAAAAUAAUCGUCGACAAGAUAUUAAAUGUCCGGACGACCAUUCCGAAAACCAAAAAAUAA